GAGCAUCCCGCUCCCAGCCCUGAUUCCCCGCCGGAUCCCGAAGCAGCAUCCACAGAUCUGGUGCCGGCCGCAUCCCGGCGGCAGAACUGGGCCCGUUUCUCCUGCGGAGGCCGGGAUGAGAAGCAGCCGCUUCCUGCCAAAGCUUCCCAGGAUCCGGUGGAUGCCGGAGAGCCGGAUCCUGCCGUUGGCAUUGAGCAUCCCGGCAAGGCCGACGUGGAGGAUGCGGUGGUGUUGAACGGCUCCGGGGAGCUGGGGAUUCCCGGUAGGAAUCCCGGGCAUGGAGCCUACCUGCAGAGCUUGGAGCGGAGCAGCCGGCACUGGGUGCUGUCAUCCCUGAAGAUUCCAGGUUUGGAUGAGCCGGGAGCUGGAGCCGAGGUGGAUCCCGGCGCUGCCGGCAACGAGGGGGACAUCUGGUACAACCCCAUCCCGGAGGAUGAGGAUCCGCAGCCUGGGAGCACCGGGAGGAAAAGUGGGAGCCGCGAUGGGGACAGGGAAGAGCCCGCCUGGGAUGCGUUGGGAAUGGGGGAGAGCUCCGGAGCCCGCAGCACCGAGGAGCUGGGACGGACACAGCCUGGUGGGAAGGCCCCCACCACCCCAUCACCUCCCGCCAGCCCCACCAAGAGCCGGGCCCUGCAGAAGGUGAAGUCCCCGGGCACCGUUCGCCGCCUCUCCAUGAAGAUGAAGAAGCUUCCAGAGCUCCGGAGGAAGCUGAGCCUCCGGAAUCCCCGCUCCCGAGGCCACGAGGAGGGAGCAUCCCCCUCCGAGAGGAAGGAAUCCAGCAACGUCAUCAGCCGCUACCACUUGGACACCAGCGUGGCGUCGCCGCGGGCCAAACCCCCCCCCAGAGGUGGCUACUUGAGCGAUGGAGACUCCCCGGAGCUUCCGAUGAAGGCCAAGCCCCACUGCGACGCGGACGAGGUGGAUCUAGGGCUGGAUGUGGGUGCUUUCCACCCUUACAGCAGUGGGGAGGCGCCACCCCGCUGCGGACAGCACAUCUCCGGCUUGGUGAGCGUCCACCUCCACGGCGUGAAGGACCUGAAGCCACCCCGAGGGGACGGGCGCGAGGUCUUCUGCGUGCUGCAGGUGGACGCGGCCAAGCGGGCGCGCACGGCGCUGCUGGCCUGCAAGACGGGCUGUCUGGGUCUCAACCAUACCUUCAACCUGGAGCUGGAGGGCGCUCAGCACCUCAAGGUCAUGGUGUUCUCUUGGGAUGCCACCUCCUGCCGCAACCGCCUCUGCUGCCACGGCACCGUGGUGCUGCCCCACAUCUUCCGCGGGUGCCGUGCCCAGCAGUUGGCUGUGAGGUUGCAACCACGGGGCGUCCUCUACUCCAAGUUCACCUUGGUGGAGCAAUGGGACUGUCCCAGUGAGCAGGAGCCGCGCGUCUUCGGCGUGGAACUGGGUAAACUGGUGGAAAGGGAGAAGACGGCCACCAAAGUGCCUUUGAUCAUCCAGAAGUGCGUGGCUGAGAUAGAGAAACGUGGCCUGAAGGUGGUGGGCCUGUACCGGCUGUGUGGCUCAGCUGCAGUGAAGAAGGAGCUCCGCGAUGCCUUCGAGCGGGACAGCGCAGCCGUGACGCUCUCGGAGCACCUCUACCCCGACAUCAACGUCAUCACGGGGAUCCUCAAGGAUUACCUACGGGAGCUGCCCACGCCGCUCAUCACCCCGACGCUCCACCGUGUGGUGCUGGAGGCCAUGACCAAGAGGCCCCCGCGGGUGGCACCGGGGCAGCAGGAUGCGGUCACCCUGCUGGAGUGUCUGCCCGACGUGGAGAAGGCCACCCUGACACGGCUCCUGGACCACCUGAGCCUGGUGGCCUCGCACCACGACCUGAACCGCAUGAACCCCCAGAACAUCGCCGUGUGCUUCGGGCCGGUGCUGCUCACCCCGAGCCGUGGCACCGGCACCCACAGCAGCACCCACAGCAGCACCCAGAGCCAGGACAUGGCCAGCGCCGUGGACUUCAAGAGGCACAUUGAGGUGCUGCACUACCUGCUGCAGGCCUGGCCGGCGCCCCCCCGAGCGCCGCGGCUACGCCUGGAACUGCCGGAGGCGGCGGUCGUGGCCCGGCCCCGGCCCCGCGGCCCCGAGAGCCCCCCAAGUAACCGGUACGCGGGGGACUGGAGCGUGUGCGGCCGCCAGCUCCUGCUGCUGCCCGGGGCCAGCGGCACCGGGACCCCCGGGCACGGGGACCCCGGCGGGGGGGGGACGACCCCUUUCGGGCUGCGGGAGGAGCCCCGGCUCAACCUGAAGGACUUCGAUGCGCUCAUCCUGGACCUGGAGAGGGAGCUGGGGCAGCAGAUCAACGUGUGCCUGUGAGCGCGG